AAAAAGAAAAAAGAAAAAGAAAACACUGUUGACGUUUCAAAGUCUUGCUUCUUUCUUCGUUACCUCCGUUGGAAAUCUUCUUUACAAGCUCUUUGUCAAACCGUCACCAUAGGAACGAGUACUAUUUAAAAAUUAUUCUUGUUACGAAUCGCUGAUAAAUGUUCCAAAAUCAAUUUAUCCGUUCCGAAAUACUCCUUUUCUUUUCUUGAAGGUGCUCUUCCAUGAUUUGUGGCUUGUUCUCGAGCCAUGAAUUAAAGAAGGAAUCGACACCCACUGUGAUUUCGACGGCCAUCGAAAGUUUGAUAAGGCUUUUCGCAAGCGCUCCGUGAACAAUUUCAGUGUUCUGUAUAGCCAAACCAACCCUUAUUCGCAAAUAAACCAAUUACAAGUGACUUAACAGGAAUCGUUUCCAUGGUUUUUUGCGAGCGACUCGAAAAGAAUGUUCUGAGGUUUUUCACAAAGUGGACUGAAUGUCGUUAAAUCUCUUUAGUAAUGCAAAUUAGAUCGACUCUCUUUGCCGGUGCAGAGAAAGACAGAGAUCUAGUCACUUAUACUUGCCCAUGAAAAUGGUUAAUAAAUACCAUUUUCUAGGGAUUUCUCUGCAACUUUUUGUUCUAUUCUUUUUAUAUCGGCUUUUCUUCGUAAAGGAAACUGUUAUUGUUCAUAGCUCAGUGUCGGGAAAGUUUUCCAAUCCCCAGACGUUUAAAAGUGACAAAAAAUUGCGACAGCGGACGGUGGAUUUUACCUGGAAUAAUAUACCACGGAGAUCUCGGCCCCCUGAAGAUGAAAUGCACGAGAAGUGGAUUGUUCUUACCACUGUAAACCCACCCACAGCAGAUGUUAAGAAGUUAGCGGGUAUGAAAGGCUGGAAGGUUGUAGUAGUCGGUGACACAAAAACACCUACGGAUUGGAGUUAUCCCAAUUGUGUUUUCCUCAGCAUUGAAAAACAAAAGACUCUAGGGUAUCGCAUUCAUGAUUUUCUGCCCUAUAACAGUUAUGGUCGUAAAAACAUCGGCUAUCUGUAUGCCAUCCAACAUGGAGCAAAAAUCAUUUAUGAAACAGAUGAUGACAACUCGCCAGCAAGUGGAGAUAUUGCUUUCCACCAUCAGCUGGAAACCGGUGAUUUCUAUGUAUACAAAACUGAUUCUACGGUGGUAAAUCCUUAUGAACACUUUGGACAGACUACUAUUUGGCCAAGAGGGUACCCAUUGGAACGCAUUGCUGAUCGCUCAUCACACAACUUCCUCAAAUGCAGAGGGGCGGACACAUCCAUACAACAGGGCGUAGUAAAUGGUGACCCGGAUGUGGACGCCAUAUUUCGUUUAACAAGAAAAGACAAAGGUGUAGACUUGAAAGUAGAGUUUGAUGCUGACGCACCACCUGUUGUUCUUCCUCCAAACACGAUGGCUCCAUUCAACUCACAAAACACGCUGUUUUUUAACAAAGCCUUAUGGGGCAUGUUGUUGCCAAUCACCGUAUCAUUUCGAGUCUGUGAUAUCUGGCGUGGUUACUGGGCACAGCGGUUGCUAUGGGAUGUUGGAUCGCAGCUGUCGUUUUUCCCACCAAACGCUGUUCAGUUUCGAAAUGCUCACAAUUAUCUUGUUGAUUUUAUCGAAGAGAAACUACUCUACCAUGAUGCUGGGCGCUUGGUAGAAUUUCUGGUUAAAUGGAGAUCUGACGAAAACGAUUUCUUCAGCAGAGUUUUAGAUCUGAGCAUAGCAAUGGUUCAAGAGGGCUUUUGGAAGACUGAUGACGCCUUCUUGACAGAAGCUUGGCUCGCUGAUCUGAUUAGCGUCGGGUAUGAAAUGCCAAUUUUAAAAAGUUCUCAUAAGCCAUGUCAAGAAAUUAUAGGCGAGAUUGAGCUUCCCCCGAAAGAACAACCGUCCUCGUAUUUACGAGAAGGUGGUGAUUUGAAACUUUUAUAAUCAGGCGGAAUUCCUAUAUUGAAGAACAGAGAUCUAGUUUCGUCUCACGAGUGAAAUCAUAGAGGCGGUCAUUUUUGAGUUCAAGAGCAGCUCAUUCCCGUAAAUUACUCUCAGCUUCCUUUAUUUCUUAGCUUGAGCCCAAAGGAUGCAAAAUUACUACAGGAUAGAUGCUAAGGAGCGAAGGAACGACUGUUACCCCCAGAAAGUCAAUGUGUUUUUCAUUUAAAGUGUUCCGUGCAAUGAACUUUGCAAAAUAGGGAGCUGAGAACAGUCGAUGCUGUUGAAAAAUGCAUGAAGUUACCUUUUUUGAUGGAAA